CGUUUAGAUCCAUGUAUCGCACCGACUUCCACCCCUGCCUGCUUGCUGGGUCUCAAAACAAAAACCUCCCAUUCUUCUUACCUACGGAAGGAAGCUUGCUUAUAUUGUAUCUAUCUAUCCUCUUCACCUUCUUUAUCUGAAUUUCAGGUUCCAUCGAUCCAAAGAAGGUCUCUCUCUAUCUAAUCAGCUUUUCUUUUUGAUUGUCGGGUAAACCUCAGGAGGACUGUGGUCGUCUAACUUCAACAAGCAUAACCAUGGAGAAUCCGAUUGACAUUGACAAGACAAAGGAGAUUCUGGAGCCAGAUCAAAUCACUGCUGGUGGCUUACAUAUCUCUGGUAAAGAUAGACUUGUAUUCAGACAGCCUGAGAGGAAAUCUCUACUAGGAUUAGAUGUUCUUGCAAAUGCUAAGCGAGCAGGUACUCAUGUUGACGGAUCAUUUAAGGUUCCAAAAGAAAAGAUUUCCUCAAUGAUGGCAUCUAUGGAUGAUGAGGUGGAGAAUGCUAUGUCCACAGUCACCGGUCCGGAUGAAGUUGACAAUGGUACAAGCUCUAGUGGUGCACGCAAUUCUAGCAGCAGACGGUACCGUGAUUCUAGUGGGAUUAAAACAUUUGACUCAGAAAGUCAAAUCACUGAAGAACGAGGUGACGGGACAUAUUCUAGGCAUGGUUCAAAGUCAAGCUCCCAUUCUGAGGAUGUCACUCCUUCAUCCAGAAGUUCGAGAAGUAACCAUCAUAGGAGUUCUAGGUAUGAUUCAACAGAGCAUGAUAGGCGUAGAAGUGAUUACAGGGAUGAGUCAAGAAGCCAAAGUAGGGAAUCAAGGAGAUACGCUUCUGAUAGGGAUAAUCAAGGAGAUGAUUCAAGAAGAAGUAGGGAAUCACCUCGUUAUGAAAGGGAGUACAGAGACUAUGGGAAUAAAAGAAGCAGAUACGAAAGUUCAAGGAGGACUCCUGGUAGAUCCGACUGGGAUGAUGGGAGAUGGGAAUGGGAGGAUACACCAGGGCGUGAUGGUCGUUCAAGUAGUAGACCUUAUCAGCCUUCACCAUCACCGAUGCUAGUUGGUGCUUCACCUGAUGCACGUUUAGUUUCCCCUUGGCUUGGGGGCAAUACUCCUCAAUCUGGACAUGGUGCUUCUCCAUGGGACAGUGUGGCCCCUUCACCAGUUCCAAUUAGGGCAUCUGGAUCUAUUAGAUCUUCAACUUCAAGGUCUGGUGGAAGGUCUCAACAACCGUUUUCUGCACAAAAUUCACUACCCUUGGAGGAUGAAGAAGCUGAAAGGGAAAAAUAUAUUAAUCCAGAGAUAACUGAGAGUAUGCGAUUAGAGAUGGAAUACAAUUCUGAUCGUGCAUGGUAUGACAACGAAGAAGGCAAUACUAUGUUUGAUGCUGACAGCUCAUCGUUUUAUCUUGGUGAUGAUGCGUCUGUCCAGAAGAAAGAAGCCGAGCUAGCAAAAAAACUGGUUCGAAGGGAUGGAACUCAAAUGAGCCUUGCUCAAAGCAAAAAGCUAUCUCAGCUGACUGCAGAUAAUGCUCAAUGGGAAGAUAGACAGCUUAUGAGAUCUGGUGCUGUUAGAGGUACAGAAGUCCAAACAGAAUUUGAUGAUGAGGAAGAACGCAGGGUUAUUCUUCUUGUUCAUGAUACAAAACCUCCAUUCUUAGAUGGAAGAAUUGUGUUUACUAAGCAAGCAGAACCUAUAAUGCCCGUAAAAGAUCCAACAUCAGAUAUGGCAAUUAUUUCAAGAAAAGGUUCAAAUCUUGUUCGUGAAGUCCAUGAAAAACAAAGUAUGAAUAAAUCACGUCAAAGGUUUUGGGAACUUGCUGGUUCAAAACUCGGUAAUAUUCUCGGUGUUGAAAAGUCAGCAGAGCAGAUUGAUGCUGAUACGGCAGUAGUUGGUGAAGAUGGUGAAGUUGAUUUUAAGGAAGAUGCAAAGUUCGCUCAACAUCUUAAAAAAGGUGAAGCAGUAAGCGACUUUGCAAAGUCGAAAUCACUUGCACAACAACGAGAAUAUCUUCCUAUAUUUUCUGUUCGGGAUGAACUAUUGCAGGUGGUGAGAGAGAAUCAAGUUAUAGUGGUUGUUGGUGAAACUGGUUCUGGAAAAACAACACAGUUAACCCAGUAUUUACAUGAAGCCGGAUAUACAAAUAGUGGUACAGUUGGUUGUACUCAACCAAGACGUGUAGCGGCAAUGAGUGUUGCUAAAAGAGUCAGCGAGGAAAUGGAAACUGAACUUGGAGAAUUGGUUGGUUAUGCUAUUCGUUUUGAAGAUGUCACUGGGCCCAACACCGUUAUAAAGUACAUGACUGAUGGUGUGCUUCUGCGGGAAACAUUGAAAGAUGCUGAUCUUGACAAAUAUCGUGUUGUUGUGAUGGACGAAGCCCAUGAGAGAUCAUUAAGCACUGAUGUAUUAUUCGGGAUCCUCAAAAAAGUGGUUGCAAGGCGUCGAGACUUCAAGCUUAUUGUCACUUCUGCCACCCUCAAUGCACAGAAAUUUUCCAACUUCUUUGGGAGUGUUCCCAUCUUCCACAUUCCUGGGAGAACAUUUCCGGUUCAAAUCUUGUACAGUAAAACCCCAUGUGAAGAUUACGUUGAAGCUGCUGUAAAACAAGCAAUGACAAUCCACAUUACUAGCCCGCCUGGCGACAUACUCAUAUUCAUGACAGGUCAAGAUGAAAUUGAAGCCACCUGCUAUGCCCUAUCAGAACGUAUGGAACAGCUCCUUUCAACCACAAGGGCAAAAGUGUCCAACCUGUUAAUCCUCCCUAUUUACUCCCAACUCCCAGCCGACUUACAAGCCAAAAUCUUUGAAAAACCUGAAGAUGGGGCCCGCAAAUGUAUCGUGGCUACAAACAUUGCAGAAACCUCACUAACCGUAGAUGGAAUUUAUUACGUUAUUGACACUGGAUAUGGUAAAAUGAAGGUGUAUAAUCCCCGUAUGGGUAUGGAUGCUCUCCAGGUGUUCCCUGUCAGUCGGGCUGCUGCUGACCAACGGUCCGGUCGGGCGGGCCGUACUGGGCCCGGGACAUGCUACCGCCUUUAUACAGAAAGUGCGUACCAAGAUGAAAUGCUCCCACAACCGGUCCCUGAAAUUCAAAGGACUAAUCUCGGGAACGUUGUAUUGUUACUUAAGUCGCUUAAAGUUGAAAAUUUGCUGGAUUUCGAUUUCAUGGACCCCCCACCACAAGAUAAUAUUCUAAACUCAAUGUACCAGUUAUGGGUUUUGGGUGCAUUGAGCAACACAGGGAGUCUGACCGAUCUCGGGUGGAAGAUGGUGGAAUUCCCACUCGAUCCACCAUUAGCCAAAAUGCUUCUAAUGGGAGAACAGUUAGAAUGUCUGAAUGAAGUACUUACAAUUGUCUCAAUGCUUUCAGUCCCGUCUGUGUUUUUCAGACCCAAAGACCGAGCAGAGGAAAGUGAUGCUGCCAGAGAAAAAUUCUUCGUGCCUGAAUCCGAUCAUUUAACCUUACUGAAUGUGUAUCAACAAUGGAAGGCUAAUCAAUAUCGUGGAGAUUGGUGUAAUGAUCAUUAUUUACAGGUAAAAGGGCUUAAAAAGGCUCGGGAAGUUAGGUCCCAAUUGUUGGACAUACUAAAAACGCUAAAAAUACCGCUUACCUCAUGCGGGCCGGAUUGGGAUAUUGUUAGAAAAGCAAUUUGUUCGGCUUAUUUUCAUAAUGCGGCAAGACUAAAAGGAGUGGGAGAAUAUGUGAAUUGUAGGAACGGAAUGCCAUGCCAUUUGCACCCAAGCUCGGCUCUGUAUGGGCUGGGGUACACGCCGGAUUAUGUGGUGUACCAUGAGCUUAUAUUGACGACAAAAGAAUACAUGCAAUGUGCUACAUCUGUUGAGCCACAGUGGCUGGCUGAACUAGGGCCGAUGUUUUUUUCGGUGAAGGAUUCGGAUACAUCGAUGUUGGAACACAAAAAGAAGCAGAAAGAAGAGAAGUCGGCGAUGGAAGAAGAAAUGGAAAGUUUGAGAAGACAACAAGCGGAAGCUGAGGCUAGAAAUAAGGCGAAAGAGAGGGAGAAGAGGAAAAAGCAACAACAAACAAUCUCCAUGCCUGGAUUGAAGAAAGGUUCUUCGACCUAUUUGAGACCUAAAAGACUGGGCUUGUGAAGUUAUAUUCUGAUUAUACAAACUCCAACUACCUGGUUAUGGAUGUUGUACACACUCACUUUCACGUUGAGUAUAUGUAGAAGAAGAUAUUCGGAGGUUUAGUCUAUGUCUAUGUGCAAUCCCAUAAAAAUUACUUCACUUUGGAUUUUUUUUUCCAUCUUCAUUGGACUUUGUUUAUAAAUUUCAUAGAUCUUGAUUGUGCUGCU